GCACUUUCAAUGCAGCUGCGUUUCUACCACCCUCUCCCAAAUUCGAAAUGGAUAGCCAUUGCCUGUAACAAAGUAACCUGUGACUUGAAAAACACCUAAUUCCUCUGUUACAUUUCUUGCAAUCUUACCUGAUAGAAAGUUACAGGCAUCCAAACAGCCCCUAAGCUGAGCCACCUGCUUCUCGUUGUUUCUCGUUCCUAGGGUUACAUUCCCAGCAAUAGCGCUCUUUCUCUGGCUGCGGAUUGCUCGUGGGCUAUCGAAUCGAAAUGGGAGUUCCAGCGUUUUACCGAUGGCUGGCGGAGAAAUACCCGAUGGUGGUGGUGGAUGUGGUCGAAGAGGAGCCUGUAGACAUCGAAGGCAUAUCGAUACCCGUUGACACCAGCAAACCAAACCCUAACAACAUCGAAUAUGACAACCUCUACCUAGACAUGAACGGAAUCAUUCACCCUUGCUUCCACCCCGAAGACAGGCCUGCCCCAGUAACUUUUGACGAGGUCUUCCAGUGCAUGUUUGAUUACAUCGAUAGACUUUUUGUAAUGGUGCGUCCACGAAAGCUUCUCUAUAUGGCUAUUGAUGGUGUUGCUCCAAGAGCUAAAAUGAACCAGCAGCGAUCUAGACGUUUCAGAGCAGCCAAAGAUGCAGCUGAUGCGGCUGCAGAAGAAGAACGGUUACGUCAGGAGUUUGAGAAAGAGGGCAGAAUGCUUCCUCCAAAACAGCAGUCACAAGUUUGUGAUUCUAAUGUUAUCACUCCUGGAACUGAAUUUAUGGCUGUUUUGUCUACUGCUCUGCAGUACUACAUUCAUCUGAGACUAAACCAUGAUCCUGGAUGGAGAUCUAUUAAGGUUAUCCUUUCUGAUGCAAAUGUUCCUGGUGAAGGGGAACACAAAAUUAUGUCGUAUAUUCGUCUGCAAAGAAAUCUUCCUGGUUUUGAUCCGAAUACGCGCCACUGUUUAUAUGGAUUGGAUGCGGAUCUAAUUAUGUUGGCUUUAGCGACUCAUGAAGUGCAUUUCUCAAUCUUGAGAGAGGUCGUGUUUACCCCUGGACAACAAGAUAAAUGCUUCCUUUGCGGUCAGAUGGGUCAUUUAGCAGCUGAUUGUGAAGGAAAGGCUAAGAGAAAAUCUGGAGAGUUUGAUGAAAAGAGUGAAGAUGCCCCUGUUCCUAAAAAACCUUAUCAGUUUCUCAACAUUUGGACUCUUCGAGAGUACUUGGAGUACGAAAUGAGAAUUCCUAAUUCUCCUUUUGAGGUUGACUUUGAAUGCAUUGUUGAUGAUUUCAUCUUCAUGUGUUUCUUUGUUGGAAAUGAUUUUCUUCCACACAUGCCCACGCUAGAGAUUCGCGAGGGUGCAAUAAAUCUGCUGAUAGCUGUAUACAAGAAAGAGUUUGGGGCAAUGGGUGGGUAUUUGACUGAUGCAAGCGAGCCAAAUCUGAGCAGGGUAGAGCAUUUUAUUCAGGCAGUGGGGUCCUAUGAAGAUAGAAUCUUCCAGAAAAGAGCUCGAUUACAUCAGCGCCAAGCAGAACGAGUGAAGCGUGAUAAGGCACAAUCGAGAAGAGGAGAUGAUGCAGAACCCCAAGUGAAACCUGAUCUAGUACCGGUUUCUCGUUAUCGUGGUUCACGUCUUGCUUCUGCUCCUUCACCUUCACCAUAUCUACAAACAGGAUCUGGAACUUGUAAUGGGAGAGGAGUUCAUGUCCGUGCCCAAAAGGUUGCGCGUGUUUCCACAGGAGGGGCAACUGUUGGUGCUGCAAUUGUUGAGGCCGAGAAUAACCUUGAACUAGAAUUACGCGAAAACAAAGACGAUCUGAAAUUAAAGCUCAAGGAUUUACUUCGCGAGAAGUCAGAUGCUUUUAACUCCGAUAAUCCAGAGGAAGACAAGGUCAAAUUGGGAGAACCAGGUUGGAAAGAAAGGUAUUAUGAAGAGAAGUUUUCUGCAAGAACUCCUGAUGAAGUUGCAACAAUACGGAAAGAUGUUGUCUUAAGAUACACUGAAGGCUUGUGCUGGGUUAUGAAGUAUUAUUAUGAAGGUGUUUGCUCUUGGCAAUGGUUUUAUCCCUAUCAUUAUGCUCCUUUUGCUUCUGAUCUCAAGGAUCUAGAUCAGUUGAACAUAAGCUUUGAACUCGGUUCUCCAUUCAAACCAUUCAAUCAGCUGAUGGGGGUUUUUCCAGCUGCAAGUUCCCACGCGCUCCCCGUCCAUUAUAGGUGGUUGAUGAGUGAUCCAAAUUCACCAAUCAUUGAUUUUUACCCCACUGAUUUUGAAGUGGACAUGAAUGGGAAGCGAUAUGCUUGGCAGGGUAUCGCGAAACUGCCUUUUAUUGAUGAAGAUCGCCUUCUUUCAGAGAUACAAAAAGUUGAGCAUACAUUAACGGAGGAGGAAGUGAGAAGAAACAGUGUGAUGUUUGACAUGCUUUUCGUGACAGUAUCCCAUCCUCUCUCUCCAUAUAUUUAUUCUCUUGAUGACCAUUGUAAACAUCUGUCAGACAAAGAUCGAGCUGAAGUCAAAGAAAAACUUGAUCCGAAGGCCAGUGGUGGAAUGAAUGGGUAUCUAUCCCUUUGUAAUGGAGACCCAUGUCCUCCCAUCUUCAGGUCUCCUGUUACGGGAAUGGAAGAUAUUAUGAACAAUCAAGUCUUAUGCGCUAUAUACAAACUUCCAGAUUUUCAUAAGCACAUCACCCGGCCACCGGCAGGGGUUAUAUUCCCAAAGAAGAGUGUUACACUGGGAGAUUUAAAGCCAGCACCAGUUCUGUGGCACGAAGACAGUGGAAGGAGGCCAUGGGAAUCUGGAAGGCAAAAUCCUCCCGGACACAUAUCUGGUCGACAGCUUGGAGAGGCAGCUCAUCGACUGGUUGUCAACAGCUUGCAGGCAAAGAUGAAUUAUAAUGGAGGUGAACAGAUGCAUGUAACGGCAGCACCUUAUGAUGCUGGUACAAUUGGUUCAUCUGCUCAUUAUUAUCCAAAUGGCACACACCGCGGUCAUGAUCUGAGAAUGGCGACUCCAGCGGGGUAUUCUGGUCAUGAUAACAGGUUUGCGUAUUCUGCUGUCCAAAACCAUCCAAGUCAUGGUUAUGGGCAGUUCUACACUUCCUCAUCUACCACUCAUUCAUAUGAAAGAAAUUCCCAUCCUCAGUAUGAUAGGUCAUCGGCCCAACCGCAGUAUGAAGGAAGUCAUUGGCAGAGCCAGACAAGAGGCCCCAUGAAUGGAUACCACAGUUCUUUUCAAAAUGGUGGAUACAGGGGCUAUCCUAACAGACCUGCAACGCAGAGUGCACCACCAAGUGCUUAUGCUCAAGUUAGGGGAACAGAUGAUGGCUAUGGGAGCUACCAAGGAUAUGGAGCAGGUCAGUGGAUACAACAGUAUGAUGGGUACAGUGGUCAUGCGGCAUCAGCAGCAGCAAGUCAGCAGGGUGUGGGUAGAGGGUAUGGCCAACAUCAACAAUUGCCAAAUCGCUAUUCAGCCUUAGACAGAAACGGAAAUCGAAGACCACCACCACCCCCUCACCAUGGCUAUGGCCGCUACUAGAUUGCUUCAUGUUCAAUCUGAAGCAGCCUUUGUUGUGGUUUACAUGUUGUACAAUAGUAGCAGCAGCAGUAGCCCAAUUUAUAGCUAUUUCGAUACACAUUUGUCUUUUCCAUUCCUUUUUUUUUUUUCACAAUUUUAAUUGAGGUUCUGUUGCUUUGGGCAGUUUUGUUUGUGUUUAUUAUGUCACUGCAGAAAACACUAAUAAACUGGGAGGCGAGUGUAAAAUCUAAUAGCUUCAUUGCAAUGGGGUUCAUUUACUAGAA